ACAUUCUUCUGCACUUCUGUCUGUAGUAUGGAGCCUGAAUUCAUGCAGUAAAUUAACUUUGAACUUUAUCUUUACAAUUUUUUUCACUCAUACUGGACAUAAAGUUUGUCUUACAGAAGCUACAGACAAUUGUAGAGCAGGAAAAAUAUGAGCGCUGCUCAUUUUUAAUGAUUUAUUGAAUUACACAUUUCUGUACACUCUUUUAAAAAAAGAACAUACAUAAGGUAACCUAAGCCUGUUCGUAAAAGAAUUCUCUGUCUUCAUAAGGACCAGCCCACAAAUUAGUACAUAUUAAAGCUCAUAUGUGUCAACACAUCUGAGGAAAGAAGAAAUCCUGGACAGAGAGAACACUCGCAGCUGUGGAAGAGACACCUUCCUAGUAAAAGAUGCUGCUGGAAAUCAUGAGUGGAUGUUAAGAGACUUAUGGUGAGGUUCAAGCCUAUGCACGAUCCUACAUGCCAACCCUCCUUCCCCGCUUCAUGUGGCAUAAGCUUUUCGGAUGUUCGAAUUGAUCCGAAUGUACGAAUACUAACAAAUUUGUACGAAAAUCCAUUUGUUAUGAACGGGAACACACAUGUCUAGUCAGGCAUCAGUAUCGUGUGCAAGAGACCUAAUUGUCCUAACCUAACGAUCCAAGAAAAAUGAACAUGAAAGACGAAACUGAAGGAAACCAUCUAGAUGAACAGUCACAACAUGUUCAUAUACAACUGGAAAGGAAAGUCGAUAAAAGUGUGAAUAUUGGGAAGAGUCUGAAAGCGAAGCUAAGAAAGAAAUGUACCUGUUCUGCCAAAGGGGCCAAAAAGACAUUCACAGGUUUUCUCCCUGUAUUUCGAUGGCUUCCAAAAUACAACUUCAAAGAAAACACAUGGGGAGAUGUGAUGUCAGGGCUUAUAAUUGGCAUUAUCUUAGUGCCUCAAGCCAUAGCAUAUUCCCUGUUAGCAGGUCUAAAACCAAUAUACAGCUUAUACACAUCAUUCUUUGCCAAUUUAAUAUACUUCUUAAUGGGGACAUCUAGACACGUGUCUGUGGGCAUUUUUAGCUUGCUUAGCCUUAUGGUUGGCCAAGUUGUGGAUCGAGAAGUACAGCUGGCAGGAUUUGACCUGGAUGAUGAUGCUGUCUAUAGAAUGGAAGGCAUAAACGGCAGUGACAUCAUAAAUGUAACAUCAGUCAACAUUAGUUUUGGCCUAAUGGACAUUGAAUGCGGAAAGGAGUGCUACGCUAUUAGUGUGGCAGCUGUACUAACUUUCAUGGCAGGGGUCUAUCAGCUUCUCAUGGGAAUAUUUCGACUGGGUUUUCUUUCCAUAUACUUGUCAGAAUCUAUGUUGGAUGGAUUUGCAACAGGUGCCUCACUGACAAUUUUAACAGCACAAGUAAAAUAUCUCCUUGGAAUAAAAAUCCCACGCAGUCCAGGUAUAGGGAUGUUAGUAAUUACAUGGAUUAACAUAUUUAAAAAUAUUCACCAUACAAAUGUUUGCGAUGUGAUCACAAGCGCCAUAUGUAUAGCAGCAUUAGUGGCUGCCAAAGAGCUUGGGGAUCGUUACAAAGACAAAAUAAAGAUCCCCCUGCCAACUGAACUAGUUGUCAUUGUAGUUGCCACACUUGUGUCACACUACUGCAAUCUCAAUGAACUCUAUGGCUCAAGUGUUUCAGGCGUAAUUCCAACCGGAUUUAUACCGCCAAAAGUACCCGAAUUAAGUCUAGUGAGCAAAAUAGCAGUGGAUGCUAUUCCUCUUGCAGUCGUUAGUUUUGCAUUCACAAUAUCUCUGUCUGAAAUGUUUGCCAAGAAGUAUUCGUAUACAGUGGAAGCUAACCAGGAGAUGUUUGCUAUUGGCUUCUGCAAUAUAAUCCCAUCAUUUUUCCACUGCUUUGCCACCAGUGCGGCUCUUGCUAAGACACUUGUUAAGACUUCAACAGGAUGCAAAACACAAGUUUCCAGUGUUGUUAGUGCCAUUGUGGUUCUGUUGGUUUUGCUUUUCUUUGCCCCAUUAUUUUACUCACUACAAAAGUGUGUCUUGGCCUGUAUAAUAAUUGUCAGCUUACGUGGUGCCCUCAGAAAAUUUAGAGAUUUACCAGCUCUAUGGAAGCUAAGCAAAACAGAUGGAGUUACCUGGAUUGUUACUGUGGCUGCUUCAGCUCUGAUCAGUACAGAAAUGGGCCUCAUGGUAGGGUUGGUCUUUUCAAUGUUAUCUGUCAUUGUGCGCACUCAGAUACCACAUACAGCCACGCUCAGCCAGAUAAAAGACACUGUCUUUUAUGAAGAUGGAAAUAAAUACGAGAAUCUUUCACCCAUACCCAGAAUUAAAAUAUUCAGAUUUGAAGCUCCCCUCUACUAUGCAAACAAAGGCUACUUUCUCCGGUCUGUGUACAAAAUGGCUGGCAUGGAUCCUGGUCUUGAAAUUAUCAAAAGGAAGAAAAUAGAAAAGAAGCAUAGGAAACGAAAACAGGUACAAGAUGAAAAAAGCAUGGAUAACAACGACGGCAAUGAUAUUCAUAUACAGCUAGUAAAUCACAAUAGUGACUUGAAAACAAUUAUUCUUGAUUGCUCCUCAAUAAGCUUUUUAGACACAUCUGGCCUCAAUGCCUUAAAGGGAUUGCUGAAGGAUUACAAAGAAGUACAGAUCGAUGUUCUACUGGCUUGCUGCAACACUUCUGUUAUCGAUGCCCUUAGCAGGGGAAGUUACUUUGGGAAACAAAACAAGGACAUUCGUAAGAUGCUCUUUCACACAAUGCAUGAUGCUGUUCAGUUUGCAAGCGAGAAAGAGCUGACUAUAACAGAUUCCACUGUUUAAAUGGCGAAAAACUUUUCUAACUACUUUGGUGUCAAAGUAUUGACUUAAAAGUAUUGGCAGUGAGACAGCUCAAAACAGCUCUGUCUCAAAAAAAUAAAAUAAAAAAUAUAUACACUCUAAUUCUUCAACGCAUUAGCAGGGGCUCCCCAUAGGAAGCCCUUUCUUGGGCAAAGAGGGACUUGGAAAAGCCUUAGAUCUGUGUUCCUGUCAUAUAAAGGUAAAACAACCCAUUCAUUUUAAAGUGACCCAUCAGCACAGGGUCACUUGAAUGUAAAACAUACCUUUGAAAAGAAGCCACUGCUUCACUGCUCAUGUAUUUGACUGGUCCAGAGUGCCCUGAGUAGCAAAGUAGUGGCUUUUCACCAAAGGGGACCACUGUAAAGGUAAGUGUAUGUAUUCAUCUUUUGCAGGUAUAUUUACAUACACUGUGCUGUAAAGCUUAUUUAUAUUUAUAUCACCAAUAACAAAUUCCCUUUUAGUUUCUAUGUAUUUAAAAAAUGAGUGGAAUCUCUCCAUCAAAGACACAGGGAGCCUUUAAAGCCUUUGUAUGUGUAGAGCAGGGAAUAACUGGAACCCCCCUUUCAGGUUUUUAUGUUUGUUUAUGCCGCUACUUGGUACAGUCCACUCCCUUCUUGCUUGGUCACUAGGGUAGGAAAGAAAGUAAGGGAAAAAUCCUCUGACAGGGACAGAGAGAUUUUUUUUUUAAAUGUUCCCAAUUCUUUCUCACUCUUUCCAUAAUUAAAGUAAAAUAUGGCUGGGGUUCUACUUUAAAGUUGUUCUCCAAUUGUGUUACACUAAACUAUAUAAAAAAAGGUGUGUUACAACAAUAUGUAAAAUACUAUAAGUAAACAAAUCUAGCACUUCCUGUUGAUUUAGAUUUUGGCAUGUAAUGUUCUUCCAAAAGUUACUGACACGUUUUCAUUAAAGUGCUGUAAAUAAAGAGAUAUUUUUAAAGA